CGGGUCCACGUGCACGGGGUCGACCUCUCUACUAACAUGAUCCACAUCGCCAUCGAGCGCCAGGGGAAGUUGGAGGAACCUCUAAAGAAAAAGCUUCAGUUCGAAAUCAGCGACAUCCUCACCGUAGACUAUGAGCGGGAAUCUUACGACGUCAUCUACAGCCGCGACAGCAUCUUCCACAUCCCGGAGAAGCAAAAACUCUUUAGACACAUUUAUCGCUGGCUACGUCCCGGCGGCAUUUUCUUCUUCACCGACUUCUGCAGCGGUCCCGCCAUUCCCUCCAGGGAAUUCCUUGCGUACAUCGAUGGAGCCAAACGGUACUCCCUCGCCGGGAAGGACGUCUACGUGAAGGAGCUGGAAUCGGCAGGAUUCACUGACGUGACCUCCGAGGACCUCAAUGAGGACUUCAUGAAGAUAAGCAAAGCGGAGCUGAAGGCCUUCACAAGCGCACGCGAAGCUUUCAUUAGUGACUUCUCGGAGGAGGACUUCGCCGAGAUCUCGUCCACCCUCGCUAAUAAGAUUCAGUGGACCCAAGAGGGACAGCUCUCAUGGAGAGCAUUCAUGGCGAUAAAGAACUGAGAGGGAGGGCGAGGAACUCGUACAAAAGGAGAAAAGAAACAGUCAAGGAUGAGGAGAUAGCGGCAGUGUCUUUAAACUGCAGAAUGUCAUUCAACGGUGUUAUUUGACAUAGAAUUUGUGUUAUAUUUCAGUAUCUGUAAGAACUAGGUAUAGAUUAUUUAUUGUAACCUGUUUACUUUACAAUCGUUAACAGCUAUAUGGAUACAAAGAUAUUAUAAGAACCUUUCAACAAUAUCGGAAGAAAAUAUCUAUGAGUGACCAACAUGUCAAGGCUGACAUAUUAUCAGUACUCGAUAACAGAGUUACUUCAUUGCUACAAAAGUUGAGGAAGGUAUGACCGACGGUGAAAGACGGAUGGUAACAAAGCCGGAAUUAGUUGUAAAGGUUCGCUUGGCUUCGCCGGAAGACCCUCAUUCCCGUGAGAGCUGAGAGCGUUUCAAUCAACGCAACUGAGUUAAGCCGAGGAUGCUGACGAGUGUGUAAAAAGCAGUCCACAAUUCAUUUUCUAAAGGUCAUACGGUUUUUGUUAUUGUUAAUUAAGUAGGGAUUAAAAACUGAUUGUAUUGUGAAGAAUUACAGUCAUUUAUAAAUUAUGGAAAAAGCGAAACACUAGAAGAAUAUAAUUGUAGGGUUACUAUUCUUGUAGAAGAAUAAAAGCAAUGCUAGUGUCAGACCGUACAA